AUGAACACUUUCGCUCGGCUCAGCCUUCUUGGCUUGGGUUUCUCCCUCGUUACUGCCUUCCCACAGCAGCAAGACCCUGCUACAGUAACGGUCUGCGGGCUUGACUGCGCACCCGUGGUUACUGUAACUGUGUACACUGGAUGCUCAUACUCGUCUACCUCUGCCUCUUGGACCAGCUCGGCCCCUGUUAUACCACCCGUAUCGUCCUCCACAAGCAGUCCUGGGCCAUCGUCUGUUUUGACUUCGCCAACUUCAAGAACAGUCAUUCCCAGCAGCUCUGAGUCGACGCUGACAAUCACCUCAAGUAUUGCUACUACGGUCAGCCUGUCUUCCUCGAGUGUUACCGUCUCUUCAGUACCAAUCUCCACCGUCAGUAUCUCUGCUAGCACGGACGCCUCAGUUGUAUCUUCUACAAGUACUCUGCCUGUGAGCUCAAAGACGGCAUCGACCAGUGGCGUUACCACUUCCAGCAACUCAGACACAACCACCUCAGAUGGCUUUAAUCCGUCCAGCACCACUUGUUUCUACGAUUGGGUCUACGAGUACGGACUCUGCAACGAGUUUGUCAAGUCAAACGACCAGCUCCAGUAUCCUUGCUAG